AGUGUCUAGCCUUGUUUACCUACGACGUAGUUCAAGAGACAAGAGUCGUUAAGGUGAUGGGGGUGUGAUAAUAGAGCCAAUAUGUUGCGAUUAGGACUAGAGACGAUAUCUAAAAUGCCCUGGUAUUUUCCUUGGUCAGAUGCCAUCAAGAAAAGGGCUAUAAGGUAUUUGUUACAGCGAUAUGUUGGUCAGUUUUUGGAAGAGAAGCUUUCAUUGGAUCAGCUCACAAUUGACCUAUACAAUGGAACAGGAACCAUAAAGGAGUUAACAUUAGAUGUGGGGGCGUUAAAUGAAGUAGCUGAUCAAUUAAAUCUUCCUCUUAGAUUUGUGGAUGGGUAUAUUGGUGAGAUAUGUGUGUCUAUACCCUGGCAUGCUCUCUUAUCAGAAAAUUGUUUUGUGGAAGUUUCUGGGCUGAUGGUGACUAUUGAACCUAAACAAAGGUCUGAGGAUAUAUCAAUGGUGGACUCGAUGAUUGAGUCAAUGAGUAUGACCACUUCCAUGCAGAUAGCUCAGGAGUGCCUUAAUCACCAUGAAGAGGAGAGUGAAAUGGAGGGCAUUGCAGAAAAAGAUACUAGUCAAACCAUUGAGGGCAUUGAACACUUUGCUCAGGCAAUAGAUACAGUACUUAAUAGAAUUAAGGUUCGUUUCCUUGAUACAAUUAUCAGAUUAGAGCACACUCCUAAAGGAAGUCAAUCUGGUGUUUCCUUAGAGAUAAGAAUAAAAAAGAUAGACUAUUUUGAUGAGGCGGGGUUGGGCAAGACGACUCCAACCAGUGAAUCAAACAAAGCAGGGUAUGAACAGCCUGCAUUUGCAUCUAAGAAAUUUCAUAUUGAAGGUUUAACUAUGUACACAGAUGAAUUUCCUGCUAAGUCCAAAGGAUUGGCAAAGUCGGUGAUCAUUCCAUCAUCAGAAUCAAAUUCAUCUCCAGAGUCGGGUUCUAAAGUCUCUGGUUCAGGUUCUGGCGAUUCCUUCAAGACUGCAGAAACAUCUCCAGCUGAAGAUAGACAUUUUGAGUACAACCACGAGAAAACUGUACGUAAGUUGAUCACCAGUUCUUGUAUUCCGAUGGAACCAAUCCUGUUUGCAAAAUUUACUGGUUCUCAAGAGAUCAGUCUGAAGUUAAAGCAAGCAGACGUCAUGGGACCUAAAGUAGACCUUAGAAUGAAUUGUGGAUCACUGAUUAUGUUCCUAUCUCCCAGGCAGAUUCAUUUGCUUCUAGAACUCUCAGAAGGUGUGGCAUCUCCUGAUAAAUUAGACUUGGAGCCCAGUGGACCGAGGAGCAUAGGAGGGAAGCAGAAACCAAUGGAUCCAAAUGAUUUCAGGAAAGUAGAAAAUGAACUUCUUAAAGAACUUAGAACACCACAUGUGUCGAGCCACGCCCUUAACCAACAUCAAGGCUGGUCAUCCACUCCACUAGACAGUGACGAUGAGUUUGUUCCAAUGAGUAGUGGGACCGGAGGACUCGGUAGAAACAUGUCCAGUAGUCAGUUGUCCGGUUGCUCAGAUAUGGACAGCUCGUUCAGUUCAAACAUGUCAGGCAGCACAGUCAAGUCUGCCACACCUGGGGCGUCAAGUACACCUACAUUUCGUUACACAGGUGUUGGUGUGAUGGUUGGGGAUCAUGCUAUUGGUGGACCAGGGAGGAAGAAAAGUGAUCAUGGUGGUAGCAGGUUAACUGAUGAUCCAUCAGCAGUUGUAACACACUUAAGAGUACAGAUUAGCAGUUUGGCAGCUGUAAUUCUUCAUGAAGAUGUUUUGACACCAUCUAUUAACAACUCGAACAUGGUAUCAAAGGCAUCAGUAGCUGAAAUGCAAGCAAAGUCUGAAGACUUUUUUUCAACCCUUGGAGUACAUGGGUUAUCAGGCUAUAGUUUUAAUGUGUUUCAAGAAGCUCGAAAGAGAUUCAGUGAAGCUUGUCAGAUCAAUCACUUAAGAUUCAUGGCAGCUCCAUUAACAAUAGAAGGAAGUGAAAAAAGCUUAGCAAACAGGUGGGAGAUGAGUGUAAAUAUGUCUUUAGGUUGUGCUGAAAUACUUGAGUGCCUUGUGGACUCCUCAGUAUCUCCAGUAAAAGUAGAAUAUUCUGAUUUACUGUCUUUCAAAGAGAGCAUCAAAGAACCAACAACUGAGAGUGUGUAUAGUGGGGCCAUCGAGCCCAAACUUAGAAUAAGCAUUUCUCAGUCUCAGAAUAUGACUCCUACUGGAAGGACUCGGAGGAUGAGCACACCAAAGCUGGACAUCAAAGUGAACCUGGGUGACUGUGUGUCAGAGAUUGACAUGUCUAUAGUAGAUCGUAUUAGUGCUCUUAUUAAUAGGCAAGAAGUGUGUACAAAAGCUACUGAAGAAGUGUUUUCCCCGGAGCUUCCACCUAGCUAUAUCAAUAAUCAGGCGUGCUUUAAGCAAACUCUGGACGAUGCAACUUUACACCCGGAGACACGAGUUAAUGUUAAAGUUUUUUCAUCGUCCUUGACUGUCAAACUUAGGUUCCCAAUACCUGACUUGACACCUACAUCAAAUAUGGACCGAGUACCAUGGUGGAAGAGAAAUAUUAGAAAAGAUGUUUUAUCUCUGGUCCUGCAAGAUUUUGAGUUUGUUACCACCAUAGAUCCACACAUGCCCUACAGUAGCUAUGAAAUUCGCAGCAGUGACAUCCACGUGUAUUUCCAAGAACGAGAAGAGGAUGCCCCCAUAUCCCUAGUGCAGGCCAGUUCCAGUCGUGGUGCUGAGAGAGGGUUUGACUUGCCACGCGUAGUUGUGAUGGUCCAUCCGAUGCAGCCAUGGGCGUCCCUGGAAGAUGAGGCUCCUCGACAAGAAAGUAUUAUGACCAAAUCUAUGAUGGGUUUCUUAGAGGAAGUGAGUGAAACAGAGCCAAACCCCUUUAGCCGUAGAAAAGUUGCCACCCAACAAGCGGGAGAUGAUGACGUAGGAGAAAUUACUAUCCCAGCAGACAAGGAAGAAGUUUUAGAAUUCAUGGAAAACAUACUUAAAAACGUUCAGUUACAUAUAGAAAUUCAUUUGCCUAAUGUCCAGUUAAUAUUACCUUCCAAACAUAUCUAUGAGGUGGUGUAUAACAGACUGGUAUCAGACCUCUUGUUGUGGGAACCUUCUGCUCCCAAACCAGCAAGUCAUAGCAACCGCAACCUAAAUGUUGCUCAAGGAGGAUUAGACUUAGCUUCUGUGUUCAUGAAUGAAAGUAUCUACCAAAGCACAACACAAUUUACCAUGUGUACUUCAGCAAAUGCAGCGGGGGGGAGUGACAGUGAAGAGGAGGGAGAGUCACAGUUCUUCUCAGUAUACGAACACAAAGCUAGGCAGAGAUUGAAGCAGCAGCAACAGGAACCGAGCAAGAACAAAAAACAAACUACUUUGGCCUUUAAGCUGACGAUGGGUCACGGCGUUGCCAGUAUACGAACUCCGUACAGAGAUGCCAAGAACAACGUGCUCCCUGGACAGCACGGGGAAGUAAUGCUGGUUAUUGACCAAGGCACAAUAUUUGCUGCAACAGGUUACCAAGGGAGUCCAGACUUGGGAUACACUUGCAUUUGGGCUAACAAAGGCCACAUAUACCACAGAGCAGCAAAUAUCACUCCAGACCGUCCAUUAACGUUAGAUCCCGAAAGUCCGCUCUCAACCUCAAGAUUAGAUGCUAUUCUCUAUCCUAAUGAUGAUGGUGUUAUAACAAGGUUAGGUGCAGGAGUUGGUAAGAGUGAAGACUGCCAAGAUCAAAUUACCUUGGCUUUGAAAAUGGAUUUUGAUGUGACUCGCAAUCUGAAAACCAUUAUCUUAGCUGGUUGUGUUAGGGGAGCCACACUGCGUCACUAUAUGUGUAGUGGCCCAGAAAGUUGGGUCACACAACUUGGGGACAUGUUUGAUGUCCAAGACUAUCCUCUCGCAGGUUAUGUGCUUCCAGAUGUUGUUACAGAGAUGAACUUUCACCUGUGGGGUUGUGCUCUUGAUUAUCGUCCUCUUUAUUUACCAUUAAGAGCAAUGUUGACAGUUGAUGCCUGCUCAAUAUCUAGCAAUUUAACAAUUUCCAGUGAUGCAAAUGUUUUACAUUUCAUUAUUGAAGAUGCAGCUCUCUUUUUAUCAGACAAACUUUCUAUGCGUACUGUUGACUUGAAGAAGAAUUAUGUUUGUGUGGCUGACUUGGGAGUCUUUGAAUUGUGCUUAAGAAUGGUGGAAGAUCUUAAGGAGAAUAAACCAAAAAUUGACUUAUUGGCUUCCAAUAAUGUGAUUCACAUUCGCACUUGUGCUGACUCGUGUAAAGCAUUAUUGGAACUUUUGAUAUACCUGGCCAGUGAUGGAGAUCUGACUAAAGAGGUCUCCUUGACACCAACCACAGUAGCAGAACCUACCAGCACUCAUACUACCAGUGCUGCAUCAUCUCCUACCAGUGAGUGUGCUACUAUGAAACCAUCCGAGACUCAGGAGACCAUCUUCAACCCACGCCUGAGAGAAAAUGAUUCCCAGCAGCUGGAGAUGGUUAGAGGCAUGAUGGAUGAUGCCAUGAUUGAGUCAACACCAUCGACAUCAUCCUGUGAAGAUGACGAAAAUGACCCAUCUUUAUAUUUAAAGAAAGGAGUGGAGGUGUUUUUCUUCCCAGAUGAUAACAUGAAGCAAAAGCAGAAUGCAGCCUCAGUGACUAACAUUCAGAAAGAUACGACCAAGCCUGAGGAGACCACAACUGAAACUGAAUUAACAGAUACUGAAUAUGCCUUGAAGGAAGCACUAAAAGAACAGCUAGAUAACCCUUUUGAGGACUGUAGUUCUGGCACUGAUGAAGAGUUCUGCAUUCUUGACGAUGCACCCGGCACGGGCAUAAAGUCCCCAUCUGGUGAACCACAAGUACGUCUCUUAACUCAGGAUCCUAUUAUCAUUAUUGACAACCACUUCACUGUUCCUCUUGGUAAGGUAGACCAGCUUAGGGCACCUAAGCACUUUCCUGCUUCAUCAAUGAAGUACACCCUUCAGGAGUUGACGGUUGUUUGGCACAUGUAUGGUGGCUCUGAUUUUAAGACUUCAUCGCAUGGCAUACCUGCUCAUACUCGUCGUGUUACUAUAAAUGACUCUAAUGGCAAUGUGGACUCUGUGUGUGGAAACUAUGCCACAACUGUCCCUUCACCAAAGAUGACCUAUAUACCAACAGAGCCUUGUGUUACAGUAAGAGCUGGUGAGGUUCACUUCUCAUCAGGUCAUACAUCACCUACAAUGUUCAAGAAAUCGCCACCUCAUAGUCCACAGCAACGAUCUCACAUGGUGUGGCAAGCAGUUGGAGGCCCAGGUCGGAAGCACGACAUUCUUCUGGAACUACAGCUUAGCAAAGUUCGCUUUCAACAUGAGAUUUACCCUGAAACUGCUCAACAAGCAUCUAGAAAUGUUCUUCUCAUUCAUGAUGUAGAGAUACGUGAUAGACUAACAUCUUCCAAGAUCAACAAGUUCCUGUACCAGUUUUCGUCAGAGACAUGUCCACGUCAAGCUCAUGCAAACAUGGUUCAAGUGAAGGCUCUCACUACCAGACCUGACGGACAACACGGUCCACAGGAAACUAGUCUCAAGAUCUCACUACAGCCCAUCAGACUACAUGUAGAUCAAGAUGCUCUCCUCUUCCUGUUUCAGUUCUUUGAGGAGCUCCUAGUAUCUGACAGUGAGGGAGAACUUGGAGAAGAAGAAAGGCCACUGUUAUCUACUCAGGUUCAGGCACCGAUUAUGACUGUAAAUCUUAAUCAAGCAGCUCAGCUCAAUAUAACAGAUAACCAACAACUCCUUGUUAACUUGGAAGAAAAAUCACCAAUGUCAGAUACUGAGGAACACAGCAGUAAGGCUGAUGAAAAUGCUCCCCCAUACUUCAAGUCAUUUGUGUUCUCCCCAGAUGUUCCCAUCAAGAUUGAUUAUCAUGGCAAGCAUGUAGAUAUUCACUCUCAGUAUGGACCUGUUGCUGGGCUGAUAAUUGGUUUAGGACAGCUUAAUCAAUCAGAACUGACUCUGAAGAGUAUUGUACAUAAGUCAGGUCUUCUUGGAAUUGACCGGCUUAUUCAGUACAUAACCAAUGAAUGGGUGAACGACAUUCGACGUAAUCAACUUCCGUCAGUUUUAGGUGGUGUUGGGCCAAUGCAUUCUGUUGGAAAGUUAGUUGGAGGUGUUCGAGACUUGUUCUUAUUGCCUAUUGAACAGUAUCAGAAAGAUGGUAGACUAGUACGUGGUCUUCAGCGUGGAACGUCUGCCUUUACCACUUCUUCGGCACAUGCAGCUCUUGACCUCACUGGACGAUUCGUGGGAUUCAUCCAGUCUACUGCAGAGACGAUGUAUGACAUGGUAUCCUCUGGCCCAAGUGUGCGUCACAGGUAUAGAUUACGCGGCGGUCAGCCCCAGGAUAUCCGCGAAGGAGUCACCACGGCAUAUGGAGUUGUUAGAGAUGGAAUUGGCGAUACAGCGUCAGCAAUCGUACAAGCAGCAACACAAGAGCAUCAGCAGAAAGGGGUAUCGGGAGCUAUUGGAGGAGUGUUGCGACAGAUUCCACCCACUGUUAUGCAGCCGAUUAUCCUGGCAUCAGAAGCAGCAGGGACUGUGAUAGGAGGAAUGAAAAACCAACUAGUGCCUGAUGCUCGUAGGGAAGCAGCCGAUAAAUGGAAAGCAUAAGUAAACACUGCAAAAUA